CCCAAAUCACUCGUGGCAUACUGUAUUGAAGAUCCUAAAGUGUUGUGGCGCUGUUGUCGGGAAAGUGUUUUGGAGUGUUAAGGGUUUACAUCGGGAAACAGUAAAGUAUGGCUCGUGGACCGAAGCGACAUUUAAAGCGCCUUGCAGCGCCGAAACAUUGGAUGUUGGACAAACUUGGAGGUGUUUUUGCCCCGAGACCACGGUGUGGACCACAUAAGUUGCGUGAAUCGCUACCACUGAUAUUGUUUUUACGUAAUCGACUGAAAUACGCACUAACAUAUAAUGAGGCGCGCAUGAUUUGCAAACAGCGUCUGAUCAAAGUUGAUGGCAAGGUGCGAACAGAUAUGCGCUUCCCUGCCGGAUUUAUGGAUGUAAUCAGGAUCGACAGGACAAACGAAACAUUUCGCCUGUUAUAUGAUGCAAAAGGACGUUAUGCUACCCACCGUAUCACAGAACAAGAAGGAAAUUUCAAGCUAUGCAAAAUAGUGAAAAAAUGUGUUGGACCAAAAGGCGUUCCUUUUAUUGUUACUCACGAUGCGCGAACUAUUCGUUAUCCUGAUCCUCACGUUAAGGUAAAUGACACGAUAAUGGUGGAUAUUGCAACUGGUAAAAUGAGUGACUACGUUAAAUUCGACCAGGGUAAUUUGUGUAUGGUAACAGGAGGACGUAACAUGGGUCGUGUAGGCAUUGUUGGACAUCGUGAGAAGCAUCCAGGCUCAUUUGACAUUGUGCACAUUAAAGAUGCUGCUGGACAUUCAUUUGCUACUCGGUUUUGAAAAAAUGGAAUUUCUAAAAUUCGGUGAGGUCAAGAUGCAUUUUGUUUGCGAGGCACAACAUACUUCUUCAUAGUGAUGAAUAAAGAAGGCCGGGGCCUGGUUGGCAUAACCACCGGUCCAGGUUAAAUAACGUAUUUAUCAUUGGCAAAGGGACGAAAUCUAUGGUGAGUUUACCGGGACCGACGAAGGGUGUCCGUUUGACUAUUGCCGAAGAAAGAGAUCGUCGACUCGCCCAGAAAAGGGCUGCUUAAAACAAUUUUGUUGGAAUUUGUGUGAUUUAAUUGUAUUGUUCAAUUUAUGAUUAAAAUACUUAUGUUGUUUGAAACUUCUUUUACAUCCAGUUUCUUAGCUUUGGUUCAUUAGUACAUUGAAUUCUGAAAGUUACGUCUUCUAGCCUGAAUGAACAGGAAUUUCGCGGUUUCGGUGUUUGUAGAAAUGGAAAAAUCCGAA